AUGAAGUGGUACACUGCGCACGGGGAUGACUAUAAAAUUGGUCAGCACGAGAUCUCUCCAGAUGGAGAUCGUGUGGCGUACAACAUGUCCAAAGAGAAUAACUCCACUCUAACAAUCAAAGACCUGCGAGAGAGUGAUGAGAAUAUUUACUGCUGCAGCGACAAUGCGAUCAACCCAGUUUUCUGCUGGCACACUGGAACAAAGCUCCACCUAGCAGAUCUGCAGGUGAAGGUGAUUCCCUCCACAGAGGGACAGACAGUAACUCUGAUGUGCAGCACCAGCUGUCCUCUGACUGAAAACCCUGCAGCCUACAUCUGGUACAAGAACGGAGAGUUUGUCUAUGAGGACUGGUCUCCCUGGUACCAAGAGCUGGUCAGCAGCGAGGAAGCCGUCAGAUACUCCUGUGCUGUCAAAGGCUACGAGGACGUCAGAGCUCCUGAAGUCUCAGUGGGUUCUGUCACAGCGGCCUGCUUCAGUGUGACCUACGCUAAAGGGAGGAUGUGUUCACAUAAGCUGACCUCAGUGGAUGAGUCCUGCUCCGUCACGUAUCCCAGAGAAGUCCAUGUUGAACGGGUUCCUGCAGAAGGCUACCUCAUACUGACCUGUGCUACCAGCUGUACCCAGACGGACCCUCUUAUUGCCUACAGAUGGUACCACAACGGACGCUUGUACAGUCACACAGAGCAUCAACAGUUGGAAAUUUCCCGUGACUCUUCUAGACGAGCCUCUUGUGCUGUGAGAGACAAUGAGGAUCUGCUCUCGUAUGAAGUCUACAUUGGGGAGAAGAACAGAUGGAGGGUGAAUUACGUGAGCAGGAGAAUCUGCACACUGGAAGGCUCUUCGGUGAACAUAUCAAGUGAAUACCUGCAUCCUGACAACCAGCCACCAAAGUUCAAACGGUGGUAUAAAAUCAAGCGAGGCGGCACAAAGGAAGCUGACAUCCUGACUGAGGCUGCAGGUCGCGUGGAGUAUCAUGACGACACGAAGAACCGCCACAUCCUGACUAUUAAAAAGCUGAGGAGGGAUGACUCAGCAGAAUACGCAUUCCGACUCCAGAACGAAAACGUAGAAUGGAAGCACUCUGAUCUACCUGGAGUGACUCUGGUUACCACAGGCCUGACGGUGACCAUGAUUCCUUCUGCAGAGGUGACAGAAGGUCAGAGGGUCACGCUGACCUGCAGCACCAGCUGUCCUCUGACUGACAACACAAACUACAUGUGGUACUUUAACGGUCGACCUCUGGGCCAAAACAAACACCUGCUUCUGGACCCAGUCAGCGUUCAGCAUGCAGGAAACUACUCCUGUGCUGUCAACACCCACGAAAACAUGACAUCAGCUGAAGAGGCUCUCAUUGUUCGAGACACACUUGUAGAAGAAGAGGAGCUCAGCCCCGGUCAUGAUUCCUGUGAUUGA